AGAGAAGUUAUUCAGAUGCAGGACCCCUCCCCAUGAUUUUAGUAACUAGUUGUCUGAGGGCAGGGGAUGGAAUUAAGUGACCUCGGUGGGGCAGGUUAGUGCCCAGGGACUGUUCAACAAAUUCCAACCUUGAGCCUUCUGUCUUCUCUUUACAGCCAACAUGCCCAUCACUCGGAUGCGCAUGAGACCGUGGCUAGAGAUGCAGAUUAAUUCCAACCAAAUUCCAGGGCUGAUCUGGAUUAAUAAAGAGGAGAUGAUCUUCCAAAUCCCAUGGAAGCAUGCCGCCAAGCAUGGCUGGGACAUCAACAAGGACGCCUGUCUGUUCCGGAGCUGGGCCAUUCACACAGGGAGAUACAAAGCAGGGGAAAAGGAACCAGAUCCCAAGACGUGGAAGGCCAACUUUCGUUGUGCCAUGAACUCCCUGCCAGAUAUUGAGGAGGUGAAGGACCAGAGCAGGAACAAGGGCAGUUCAGCCGUGCGGGUGUAUCGGAUGCUCCCACCUCUCACCAAGAACCAGAGAAAAGAGAGAAAGUCCAAGUCCAGCCGAGAUGCUAAGAGCAAGGCCAAGAGGAAGUCAUAUGGAGAUUCCAGUCCUGAUGCUUUCUCUGAUGGACUUAGCAGCUCCACCCUGCCCGAUGACCACAGCAGCUACACAGCUCAGGGCUACAUAGGACAGGACCUGGAGGUGGAGCCAGGCCUGACUCCAGCACUGUCACCGUGUGCCGUCAGUAGCACUCUCCCUGACUGGCACAUCCCAGUGGAAGUUGUGCCAGACAGCACCAGUGACCUAUACAACUUCCAGGUGUCACCCCUGCCUUCUGCCUCUGAAGCUGCAACAGAUGAAGAUGAGGAAGGGAAACUACCUGACGACAUCAUGAAGCUCUUGGAGCAGUCAGAGUGGCAGCCGACAAAUGUGGAUGGGAAGGGAUACCUGCUCAAUGAACCUGGGACCCAGCCCACCUCUGUCUAUGGAGACUUCAACUGCAAGGAGGAGCCAGAAGUUGACAGUCCUGGGGGGGAUAUUGUGAGCCUACACCGCGUCUUCACAGAUCUGAAGAACAUGGACACCAGCUGGCUGGACAAUCUGCUGCCCCCAGUCAGGCUGCCCUCCAUCCAAGCCAUUCCUUGUGCGCCGUAGCCGGGCGCCUGUCCCCUCUUAAUUCCCUAAGCGAGUAGGACCUGGCAUCAUGAUGGCUGUGGUGCAGAGAAGCUGGACUCUUGUGGGCCCCUCAACAUAGCCAAGUGUGACCCUUCCCCUGCCCCCUGCCAAAUGGGGAUGGAGCCUCCCUCCUUGGGUCAGCGGCCGCUCAGGGCCUAUCAGGUCAGGGUCUGGGCUCAUCUUGUGGGAUAAAGCUGACCUUGCCUCUUGGGAAGAUGAGGUUCUGAGACUGGUGCGUCAAGUAAGCCUCUAACUCUUCCUUCUGAGCCCAGCUGCCUGGAGAAGGUCUCCCUGUCACUGGCUGGCCCUGAGGGGAACAAACAGACCAGUGACCUCAGAAAAGCAUAGCACCAAUCCCAGGGCUGGCUCUGCACUAAGAGACAAUUGCACUAAGUGAAUCUUGUUCCCAAAGAACCACCUCCCUUCCCAGCUGAGCCCUGGGGACUGUUCCAAAGCCAGUGAAAUGUGAAAGAAAAAAUGGGGUCCUGUGGGGAGGGACCCCCUCAGACCCAGAGGAGCUCUGCCCUGCUCCCUGCUUUGGCUGAGGGGCUUGGGAAAAAACAUGGCACUUUUUCUUGUGGACCUUCCCACAUUUCUGAUCCGAAGUGUACACUAACAUUUCCCCUAAGCUCUUGGGCUUUGAAUUUAUUUAUAUCGUGCCUUGUCGGCACCCACCACCCCCUCAAGCCCCAGCAGUCCUUAGCAGGCCCAGGGAGGGAAGUGUGAGUGCCUUGGUGUGACUUUCAAAAUUGGAAACGCCAUCUAACCACUAAGUCGCGUGACUGUGUAUGAACAUGUUUGUAAAUAUGUACAUUUGUCUUUUUAUAAAAAGUUUAUAAGGA